UGAUAAGGAUCAAUCUUUCACUCAUAUCUCCCGUAGGUCACUAUGAUAGGACUCGCCGUUUUCGCGCUCUUGCUGAGCUACGCACAGUGCGACCUGUUUUCGCUGGAGUUGACCACGCCUUCAGCCGCGGGAUGUUACUAUCAAGGUUCCUAUUACCCCGUGGGGUCGUUUAAACCCACCCCCUGUGAGUACUGUCAAUGCAGCAUCAGCGGUCAGGCGAUGUGCGCAAUCGCUGACUGCGCACCACCUCAAUGUGCGGACGCCGUUCACGAGAAGGACAAAUGUUGCCCCACAUGCCCUAAUGGUCACAACUGUAAAGCCCCUGACGGACAUCUACUCAAUCUCGGAGAGACCUACUAUAUGAACAGCUACACGAAAUGUUACUGUGAUACCCGCCAUUUUGGUUCCUACAUGGCCGUGUGUACCCACAUGGCUGUUGACCCAGUACAUGUACCUCACGUCGAUCCCAACAAUCCGUACUAUUACGUCACUUCCUAUGUUGAUCCACCCAAGGUCGCCCCGGUUGAUCCUGACACAGUGUAUUAUCCGGCAAAAGGCCGAUAGAUUUAAUUGUAUAUAUACGAUGGGCAAUUAAAAUAGUUUUGGGUUA